AUGGCGGCCCAAGAUCAAGAUUAUCCCAUGGGCUCGCCGGAGGAAUAUGAAUAUUCGGCUGCCAGCGAACCCUAUGAGUAUUGGCAUAGCGAUCCGCCCCCGGUGUCGGAUGAAAUAUCACCCGCCGUAAUCGAUCCCAGGCUCUAUGGAAAUGACAUGGCAGCUGAUAUCAUGGCGGACAGCCUUGCUCAAGCUGAUGAAUUCGAUUAUGGGGCAAUUGAGUAUGCGGCCAGUGACCGAGAGAUCACACCAGAUCUAGAUGCCGGUGAAGACGAUUCGGAUUUUAAUAUACCAGGUAGCGAAAGUGACGAUGAAGAUUUUGAAGAUGACGACGAGGACGAUGAAGAAGACGAUGAAGAUGAAGAUGAUUCAGACAGAGAACGCCGCCGCCGCAGAGGAGGGGGUCGCUUUUCAGGUCGUUAUGGAGCCCGAGGCCGUAAGGGUGUUAAACGUGGACCACGCAAACCUUUGGAACCCGGCCCGGAGUUCAAGAUGCUUCAUUCCGAAGCUACCGAAGCGUUCAUCGAUGGAGAUUAUGAUCGAGCGAAGGAGAAAGUGACCCAGGCUAUUUUGAAGAACCCCGAGAUAUUUCCAGCGCAUUCAUUACUAGCAGAAAUCUUCCUAGCCCAAGGCCAGAUGGACAAAGCCUUCUUGGCUCUCUUCAACGGUGCUCACACCCGUCCAAAGGAUGCCUCUGUGUGGCUCAAAGUUUCUCGAUACAUCUUACGUCGUGCGGGUCAAGAACGUGAACGGGCGCUGAAUGAUGUGAUCUAUUGUUAUACCCGCGUCCUAGACAUCGAGCCCAAAAACACCAAUGUCCGAUAUCAACGAGCUGCAAUUUACCGUGAGCUUGGAUUGAACGGAAAGGCGGCUAUUGAGUACGAGCGUAUCUUGAAGGAUCGACCACACAACCCACGCCCCCUCAGACAUCUAGCAGAAGUUUACAUCGAACUCAAAAAUGUCCAGAGGGCGCUUGAUAUCUGGAACGAGAGCAUGGCCUAUUACAGGUCUUUGGACCCAAGCAAAGCGAAGAAUUUCUCGUGGUCAGAAGUGAACAUCUAUGUCGAGCUUUUCAGCUAUGUGGAACAAUAUGAGCAAGGGAUUGAAGCACUCAAGUCUCUAUCGAGGUGGCUACUGAAUCGUGGAGAAGACCGAUUUUGGGAUGGAUUCGACGCGGAUGAUCGAGAGUGGGAUAUAGAGGACUCACCGCGCCGGAUCAAAACUAAUGGCUUCAUUCCGGGAACGUGGCCAUCGGAAUGCUAUGGCGCCGGGCUUCCACUAGAACUUCGGAUCAAACUGGGCCUUUUCCGAUUGAAGAUGGGUCAUCAGCAUUACAAUGAAGCAUUGCACCAUUUUGAAUUCCUAAUGCCAGAUGUCACAUCUGAGGGAGCCCCCAUUUUUGACUAUGGUGAUCUUUUCCGAGAGGUUGCCGACGCUCUCAAAGAGCACAGACUGCUUGCAGAGGCCUACCGCUUUUACUAUCCUAUCCAGGAGACCGCUGAGCAUGCCGAUAUCGGCUAUUACAUGGCGAUGGCUGAUUGCUGUCUGCAACUUGAAAUGUGGACAGAAGCAGAAUCAUACUAUCUCACCGUCGCCGACAAUGAUCACAAACAUAUUGAGUCCCGUAUUGAGCUUGCCAAAUUGUAUGAAGAGUUGGAUGAGACUGAAAAGGCUUUCAAGUCGAUCAAUGAAGCCAUUCGAAUUGGUCGAGAAGACACCAAAGCACGACGGCGAGGAAAAGACACUAGACUUGAACAGCUAGCCGCUGAGUUCAAGGCUGCCGAGCCAGGAGCCACCGAUUUCACCACUCAGCCAACAGCAUCACUUACUACAUAUGUGCCUCCUGCGCGAAAUCGGGUCCGCGAGGAAAGCAAUCGAGUCGAGGAUGCACAAUAUCUUUUUGCGAAGAUGCAAGCACUGGAUCCUUAUGUGCAAGGAGGUGACGAAGAAGCUCUAGAAGAUUGGCUUGAUAUCGCAGAUGCUUUGCUACGCGAUUUCCGGUCCAAUCGUGUCUUCUAUCCAAAUAUCCGGGAGGAGUUUCAGGGGUUCCACAAGAAACCUGGCAAAGCAAAGAAGGAUUAUACAGCGUUGGAUCGAGCCCAAGAAGUGGCAGAUCGUCUACAAAAGGCCGCUGGUCCGAUUGUCCCAGAAGAGCCUGCGUCUGACACCAUCCCCGAUCGAUACUAUGAAAUCUCCUUUGAUGAUUGGCUUGAUAUCUUCUUGCAAUAUUCCCUCCGGAUCACUGAUCAAGGCGAGAUUGAUGAAGCAUAUGAUACUCUGUAUGCUGCGGCGAACGCUAGUGUUUUCUUUCAUUCAAAACCCAAGGCACGCUUGAUCCACGUCUGCUGGUUUACAUGCGCACUUCGGGUUCAAGAUGAUGAAACCCUAGCCACUGUGGCUCGCUGGUUCAUUAAAGAGUAUCAAUUUGUCACUGAUACUUACCGACUAUUCUCGAUGUUAAGUCGACUAUGUGGCAACCCAUUGAAGCCUCAUUUCCAUUCUUCCCAGCAUAUGAAGUUUAUGCUUCGCCAAGUCAAGGCAAUAGAUUUCACUCUUCCAGACAGUGCAGAAAGGCCACAACUCGAUCCAACUCUCAGGUGGAAAGACCGUGCCUCUCUCACAACAAAGGACGAAAACGGGGAAUUGGUUCCAGCGGAAUCGCUUGAUAUUGCGGUCCUUGUCUUGUAUGGCCACAUUCUCUACUCUGGGGGCAGUUUCUACCCCGCAUUGAACUACUUCUUCCGCGCCUACGCUCUCGAUGACGAAAAUCCAGUUGUGCUUCUGUCUAUUGCACUCUGCUACAUUCACCACUCUCUCAAACGACAGUCAGACAAUCGUCAUUACCUGAUUUCGCAAGGGUUGGCGUUCAUGCGUGAAUAUCGACAGGUUCGAACCAAACCUGGUGUUCUGUUAGUGGAGCGACAGGAGAUGGAAUUCAACCAGGCCAGAGUGUGGCAUGGCCUUGGCUUGCUUCAGCUGGCUGUAAAUGGAUAUGAGAAAGUUCUCGCAAUUGGAGAGGAGAUCAAGAAGGAGAAUCCAGAGUCCAGUUUGGCAGACCGUGAUGUGGACAUGGAGGGCGACAACCGCCCACAGCAUGCUCUGUCACCCCGAACAUUUGUCGAGAACUUCUCGUGCGAGGCCGCUUAUGGUUUGCAGAACAUACACGGGCUUUCCGGCAACAGCAAGGCUGCUAUGGAGGUCACAGAGAGAUACCUAGUUAUCUAA